UCGGUCCCGUCCCCGGAAAUGAGUCUAUAAGCGACGAUAAGUGGGUCAGUAAUUAGUUCAACACAUCAAACUCUGUUACCGUCUUUUCAGAACAAAUCAUAACGGAAAAUAAUCCAUAUCAUUUGCUUACUGUAAAACCUUCACAUUCUCCAAAAUUUCUUCCCCCAUAUCACGAUACUAUUCAAUGCAAAAAUAAAGUUUGGAGAGAGUUCGACUGCUGGAACGAUUCAUUGCAAAGUGCGAGGCCGACCCGACAAUCCUCUCCGAUCGUUUUCUGUAUUUCUUCCGUGAUUAAUCUAGUAGUAAAGACUUGGAGGAAAGAUUCCGAAAUCUGCUUGGGAUAUUGAAGAGAUGGGAGAUCCCUCCGAUGACAUUACUGACAAAGACAGGAAAGCUUCUCAACAGUCUAAGAUUCAAGCUAUGGAAGCAAUAUCUGAAGAUAAGCUUGAUGAAGCAAUUAAGCAUCUUACUAUUGCAAUUCUGCUUGAUCCUAAAUCUGCUAACAUUCAUGCAACUAGAGCUAGUGUGUAUAUCAAAAUGAAGAAACCAACUGCUGCUAUUAGAGAUGCCAUUGAAGCUCUGGAGAUCAAUCCAGAUUCUGGUAAAGGGUACAAAUUCCAUGGCAUGGCACGAGCUAUGUUUGGACAAUGUGAAGAGGGCCAAGAGGUUGCUAAGGAUCUUCAUGUGACCUUAAAGCUGGACUAUGAUGAAGAAAUCAAUGUGGUUGAUUUUGAUGCACAUAAAUUUGAGGAACACCAUCAGAGAUAUGAAAGGCUUCGCAAAGAGCAAGAGUACAGUAAAAUUGAGCAUAAGCGAGUACAAGACCGAUUUAAGGCUCAGGCUGCACAUCUAAAGGCUAAGAAGCAAGAGCAGUCUUCAUCUAGUGGAAAUCAGGGAGGCAUGCCAGGGGGAAUCUGGGGAUUCCCUGGUGGAAUGCCUGGAGGAUUCCCUGGUGGAGUGCCUGGAGGCUUUCAUGAUAGGGGACCUGGAGGCUUUUCUAGUGGUAUGCUGGGAGGUUUUCCAAGGAGUGUGUCUGGUUGGAUUCCCGGAAAUAUCGACUACAACAAAAUACUGAAAAUACUGAAUGACCCUGAAAUGAUGGUAGCAUUCAAAGAUCGAGAAGUAAUGGCUGCUCUUCAAGAUGUUUGCAGCAAAAGAUAAGCCUCUCUGGGAAAAAGGAAACAAUAUACCUGGGAAGCUACUCAACUGAUGGACGAUGGAAAGUUUCAGCAUUUCAUAAAUCUUUUAGUGCCUCAACCUCAAAUAGGUCACACAGGUUCCCAAUCAUACUUUCUAUUUGCCAACCCUUUCAACGUUACAAUUUGAGGCAUCUAAUUGUAUUCGAGAUUCAUGCAAGCAUCCACACUCCUAAGCCUUUCAGGUCAACCAAUGGGGUGGUUGUCUCGUAGUUAACUAACACGCUUGUCCCACCUAUUAUGACUUCAUAACUGAAUAUUACUUAAAGCUUCCGCCACUGUAAUUUCUCUUCCUUAACAUCUCGUCCCUUUAUGCAUCUAUUAGCUAAGUUCUGAUCUGAGCAUUAUUUGUCACACUAUGACUCAAUGGGUGGAUAAGUUGAAGAACCCAAAGAUUCCUUGCCUUGCCUAUGCGGUUGAGAAGAUGGAGCAAGGUAAGUUAAUGGGGGUAGCUGAGACUUCUUUUCAAUAGUUGAAGAAGUUUUCUCCUAAAAGCUUGCUCUAGUGGA